AUGGAGUCCCAACCAAGCGCAAAAGCCCUGCAAAGCCGCAUCAAUGCCGAUAUCUCGCAACUGCUCCAACGGUUCGAGAAUAUCAUGGCAACAGCUACAGUCGACAACCCAAGCUACACCUCCACCGCCGUGGAAACAUACCAGCUAGAUGUAGAGUCCACUGCAUUGAUCCGUGCUGCAGAAGACAUCCUCGCCCUCACCCGCACCAUGAAAGAAACCUGGCUCUUUGGCAAACUGAAUACACUGGGCGAAGACGAGCGUGACGUGCAGCGGAGAGAAAAGCUGGAGAAGGAUGUACUUGCCGUGCAAAAGGCUGUUGAGGAGGGUGGGUUAUUGAAGCCGUCGUCUGAGUAG